AUGGAAGUCCUUUCUGUGGUUCUUUUGGCCUUUGCACGCUGGGGUGAGGGGCUGGAUUUCAAACUGCUAAUCUCCAUGCCUAAUACCUCCUCUCAGUUCCAUGUGGGAAGAAUUGGAGCUGGAGCCCUUAUUGCUAUCGAUGAGAUCAACAGGAAUUCUAUCCUAUUAAAGGGUCACCGAUUGGUGUAUGAAUAUGUCGAUGAUGAAUGUGAUGCGAUUAGAGGACCAGGAAAAAUUGUAAGCCUACAACAUAAUCAAAACUACAGUGCUUUCAUAGGCCCAUCUUGCUCAAAGGUAUGCUCCCAUGUAGGCAGGCUUGCUGGUUACUGGAACAUUGCAGUGGUCAGUCCAAUCUGUGCAGACUCAGAAUUUCUGGAUAAAAAGGAAUUUCCUACAAUGACCAGAGUGUUUGGUCCUUUUACCAAAAUGGGGUCAUUCUUUGUCAAGAUCUGUGAAAAGUUUAAUUGGAGGCGCAUUGGAAUAAUCUAUGAUACUAGUCCUACUUGGACCAUCCCAGCUGGAGGAAUCAGAUUUGCUGCAGAACAACAAAAUAUUACAGUGGCUAUAUAUCAAGACAUUCACUCUGGUGAAGGAGAUACCUACAACACUUCUGUCACACUAGGAAGUGACCUAAAGGUUGUGUCUGCUGUGUCUCGCAUUAUUGUGAUAUCAGCAAAAGGAGAAAUGGUGAGAAACUUCCUCAUUGAGGCCCAUAAUCAAGGUUUAAUCAACGGAGAGUAUGUUUUUUUCUGCUUUGAGCCCUAUGAACAGAAACAGAUGUUUGGCAUUUUUGACUGGAGAAGAGGAGAUGCUUAUGACUCAAUAGCAAGAGAAGCUUACCAAGCUCUGUUCCUUCUCACCCUGUACAAACCUGACAACGAGAGGUACAUGAACUUCUCAGCUGAGGUGAUUCGAAGAUCUAAAGAAGACUUUGGAUACCAGUAUGAGCCAGGAGAAAAAGUUUCUGUUCUACCUGCAAUCGCCCAUGAUUCUGUCUGGUUGUAUGCACAUGCACUGAAUGAAACCAUUUCUGAAAAUGGUGAUCCAUAUAAUGGGACUGCCAUUUCUCGGAAAAUGUGGAAUAGAACAAUCACAGGGAUUCAGGGUGAAGUAACAAUAGAUGACAAUGGAGACCGUGAAUCAUCUUAUAUGAUGUAUCACGUACAAAACAAAAGUAACGGAACAUUUCAGGUUAUCGCAAAUUAUUUUGGGACGCGAAAAAACUACGAGCAGGUUCCAGGACUCAGUAUUGUUUGGCCAGGAGGCCGGAGCACGCCGCCUUUGGACACUCCUGUGUGUGGAUUCACAGAGGAGAUGUGUGAGGACGACAGCAAAGCAAGAACUACUAUAAUUGCAGUCGGAUUAAUUGGUGGCUUAUUGGCUGUGGUAAUAGUUGGUUUGAGCCUUCUCUACAGGAAAUACAAACUUCAAGAGAAGGCCUCUCUGAUGCUCUGGAAGGUCAACUUCAGUGAAGUGAGCAUGAUGGAGACGAAGCAUAAUUCAUCAGUCUACAAGGUCUCUCAUUAUACCAUGAAGUCAGCAUCUGAUUCCUUAGAAGCCAUCAGUGAAAGUGAAAAUACACAGAGUGAUUUCUUAUUUACAAAAGCCGCAAUGUACAAAGAGAACAUCUGUUCCAUUCGCUUCUUGCAUGUGAAAAGUAUCAAUCUGAAUAAUGAAUUAAUUAACGAGCUCAGGCAGUGCAGAGAUUUGAACCAUCCUAAUGUCUGUAGCUUCAUUGGAGCUUGUUUGGAGUCCCCUCAUCACUGCUUGUUGACUGAAUAUUGCCCCAAAGGAAGUCUGCAGGAUAUUCUGAAAAACGAUUCGAUUAAACUUGACUGGAUGUUCAAGUAUUCUUUAAUGUUGGACAUAGUGAAGGGAAUGGACUACAUUCACAAGAGUUAUUUGCGGUCACAUGGGCAUCUUUCUUCUUCAAACUGUGUGGUAGACAGCAGGUUUGUUUUAAAAAUCACAGACUUCGGCCUGAGCAACCUCAGACGCCCCAAUACAGCUGGCAUUCAGAACAGCAAAGAGCACUGGCAGUGCUUGCUGUGGAGAGCACCUGAACUGCUGAGGGGUAAUAUGCCUACAAAUGGAACACAAAAAGGAGAUGUGUACAGUUUUGGAAUCAUAGCUCAAGAAAUUGUGUAUCGCAACGGAGUGUUCUUCAUCCCUAGCUGUGUUCUGAAGGCAAACGAGAUUAUAGAGAAGGUAAAAGAGGGAGGAAGCAAUAGCUUCAGACCCUAUACCGACACAACUGAGUGUCCCGGGCCUCUGGCGAUGCUGAUGAAGAGUUGCUGGAGGGAGAGGCCCUCCGAGAGACCCGACUUUACUUCAUUGAAAGCAACUGUUAAGAAGCUAAGCCCUUACGUAGGGAGUGACAACAUUCUUGACAACCUGUUGUCUCGUAUGGAGCAGUACGCCAGCAACCUUGAGGACAUUGUGAACGAGCGCACUGCCCAACUUCUGGAAGAGAAAAAGAAAGCAGAAAGCCUUUUAACACAGAUGUUGCCAAGAUCUGUAGCCAUCCAGCUCAUUUCUGGGAAGACAGUGCAAGCUGAAACUUAUGACUGUGUCACUAUAUAUUUUAGUGACAUUGUAGGAUUUACUGCCAUGUCUGCAGGCAUUACCCCAAUGCAGGUUGUUGAUUUGCUGAAUGACUUGUAUACAUACUUUGACAAUAUCAUUGACAAUCAUGAUGUUUACAAGGUGGAAACCAUAGGUGAUGCCUAUAUGGUUGUUUCUGGGCUCCCCAUAAGAAACGGGGAUGAGCAUGCCAAAGAAAUUGCAAGGAUGUCCUUAUCAAUAGUGGACGCGAUGAAAAAAUUUGAAAACAGACAUGUACCAGGCCAGCAGCUAAAGGUUCGAAUAGGACUGCAUUCAGGCCCCUGUGUAGCUGGAGUAGUGGGAUUAAAAAUGCCUCGUUAUUGUCUUUUUGGGGACACCGUCAACACUGCCUCUCGUAUGGAGUCCUAUGGUUUACCCUUGAAAGUUCACGUCAGCAGCUCAGCGAAAGAUCUGCUAGAUAAAUUUAGAACAUUUCGGUUUGAGCUACGAGGGGAUAUCCAUAUGAAGGGAAAGGGCUUGGUUCGAACAUUCUGGCUUUUGGGAGAAGAAACUUAAGAACAGUUUCUGUUUUUUGUACUGGGCAGUUAUAAUUCUUAUUAUGUCUUAGAAGGCAAUUUACUGUAUGCAAAGGAACUGGUCUUGGAUUAGGGAGUCAGCACAAAAAUGCUUUAUAGUCUGUUAAAACUUACUUUUGAUAUGGUAUCUUGCACAAUUACAAGUUACUUGUGUAAGGGACUAUGGAGCUUUUUCUUAACUUUUCAAUAUGGUACUGCUACUUAAUUGAAUCUGGCUUUAAUAUUAAUCAGAAUGAAAGUUCUUGAAAUGACAGGAUAAGGGUGUUUGAUGCUGAUUGUGAUUCUGCUAUGCUGAUAGACUGCAUGACAUUUAUUUGCUAAAUAUUAUCUAAACAAAAUUAUUCAGGAAAAAAAGAUAUUUAUCAAAGCUAACUAUAACUAUCUUGUUAACAAUCUUUUUUUUAAAUAAAAAGACAUUGGAAUGACAUCAACCGCACACUAAAAAGCAAAAUAAAAUAAUUACAGUAAGUCUUUCUUUUAGAAAGUCUGAAUUUCUCCUGAUAAUCUCAUAUUCUGACUUCCCAUUGACUCUCAUUCUGUUUUUAUUUACUGUUCCAAACUCCACAAAUAGUGAACUCCACGUGGGAUGAAAAUAAACACAAAACAAG